AUGGCAGCUGCAAGUCGGAGCGUGAAGGGUCUGGUUGCCUUAAUAACCGGCGGAGCCUCAGGACUAGGCUUGGCCACAGCGGAGCGACUGGUGGGGCAGGGGGCCGCUGCUGUACUUUUGGACCUGCCCAACUCAGAUGGGGAGGUCCAGGCCAAGAAGUUAGGGAAGAGCUGCGCCUUUGCCCCAGCCGACGUGACCUCAGAGAAGGAUGUGCAAGCAGCCCUGACUCUAGCAAGAGAAAAGUUUGGUCGCGUGGAUGUGGCAGUCAACUGUGCAGGCAUUGCAGUGGCCAGCAAGACUUAUAACUUAAAGAAGAGCCAGGCGCAUACCUUGGAGGACUUUCAGCGAGUUACCAAUGUGAAUCUCAUAGGCACCUUCAAUGUUAUCCGCCUGGUGGCUGGUGAGAUGGGCCAGAAUGAACCAGACCAGGGAGGCCAACGUGGGGUCAUCAUCAACACGGCCAGCAUAGCUGCCUUUGAGGGCCAGGUUGGACAAGCUGCAUACUCUGCUUCCAAGGGGGGCAUAGUGGGGAUGACACUGCCCAUUGCUCGGGAUCUGGCUCCCAUGGGUAUCCGGGUGAUGACCAUUGCUCCAGGCCUAUUUGGCACCCCGCUGUUGACCACCCUCCCAGAUAAAGUGCGCAACUUCCUGGCCAGCCAGGUGCCCUUCCCCAGCCGACUUGGUGACCCUGCCGAGUAUGCUCAUCUGGUACAAGCCAUCAUCGAGAACUCAUUCCUCAAUGGAGAAGUCAUCCGGCUGGAUGGGGCCAUCCGCAUGCAGCCUUGA